UUUCAGGCCCGGGAAUUUCUCCAAAAGAAAUGAUCAAGUCGCAAUCACAACCGGAGCUUUUAAUCCACAAACUUACAGGAUCAGACUGCCUGAAUCUUCCAUACCUGCGAGGACCCCGAUUCGUCUUCCUCCUCCUCAAGUCAAUCCGCUCGGUGUAUCGGAUUUCGAGUAUCUUAACUCUCUGCAAUCCAAAGCCACCACCACUCUUCCAAGUGGGGGAUUCAUAUUGGAAGGUUUAAACGAGCAACGACAACAUCAAUUGGAUCCAUUCCAUCCAAUGAAGAAUCGAUUUGGUACACAUGGUUCCAACUCCAUGCUGCAAGAAAGUCUAAUGCAUUCGGGAAGUUCGUAUCGAUUGCAUGGUCAUCAGCAAACAGGCAGUCGAUUCUCAAUGAUGCCUAGGCUUCAACAACAACAGGGAUUGCUGAAUCAAACUGGGACUUCCUUGUCAACCACUAUUUUGAACUCAUUACUUCAUAAAGAAACUGGUGAUGCAUCAGCUCCUUAUCAAAUGGAAACAUCACUGAACUGCCGUAGGGAGGGACGAAAUCCGGGACAACGACGAGGCUCUUCGAGGAGGACAUUUGAUUCUGGAGCAUCAUCAUCACCAUCACCUUUCAAGCGUUUCAGGAGAGACUCGAGUGUGCCAAAUGCAUCCGGUGCUCAACAAGAGAAUAGGAAUUUUCUCUCUCCACAAAAUGGAAUUGUCACUAGUUCUAAUAGUAACAGUAGCCUUCUUGGUCCAAGGCCAAUAAAAAAUUCAGUGUAUGAUCCAAUAUAUGAGGGGAUUGGACUGCCAAUUGAUCCCCAUUUGAGGCUCUUCGCCACCAUUUAACUAUCUGGAAUGAAACGUGGGGUUUGAUCAGUGAAGGAAUGAGGACUGCUCCAAGUAUUUUAGUCGACUAUGCGAACAAUUUCAG